CUACUCUACCUUAGCCUUUAUUUACAACCAACAUCAAGUUUACGAUAUGGACUGUCAUAAGACCCUAUAUAAUUAACUUAAGUGUUUUAAGAAUAAGAGGCAAGGCACAUUUUAAACGUAAAAUUUAGCUUAAAGUAUAUAACAUUAAAUAAUAUGGCUAUAAGUAAACAAACAAAGAAGGGAUAUUGAAUUCGGAUACUUAACUAAAUUAACUUAGUCUGCGAGUGCGUGGAGUAGGUAGUCGAACUGGAAGGAUUAUUUUCAAGCAAGUAGUCAACUGUUGUCAACACUGAUCUUCACGUGUCACUAAUUAAAAUUAUGAUUUAUUCAUAGGGUAGGGUGACCAAACGUCCCGUAAAAACGGGAUUGUCUCGUUUUGUCACGAUCGUACCCGCCGUUGUCCCGAAAAGGUCUCGGGACGCCACCCUAUGCAGUGUGUUUUCUUGGAGAGAGGGUUAGACUAGGGUGACCAAACGUGCUGUAAAAAACGAGGUUGUCCAGUUUUUUCACUAUCGUCCCGGUGUCCCGAAAAAGUUUCUCGGGACGCCUAAAUGUCCCGUUUUUUAAACCAAACACAUUUUCAAAUCACUAAAACUUCCUAAUUUAUAAUAUAUAAUAGAACUUCAAGUAAUAUUUUGGCUAGCUGUGUAGCCAGUGUGCCAGUAGCGAUGUGGACUCGUGUGAUGGCUGCACUGUUCCUCCAACACCACACAGUGUCCCUGCCAUAGAUCUUAUAUGUAAAUGUAUAGCUAAAGACACGAGACUUGAAGCCGAGAGGGGGGGGGGGGGGGGGGGGGGAGGUUUUUUUUUUGGGGGGGGGGUGUAUGAAUUAUGUAAAUUCCAAUACACUUNUUUUAAAAGGGGACGCUAUGAAAGUGAAGGGGAGUGCACAGUUUGCAAUAAUGUUUUUAAGUAUUGGUAUCCCCCCCCCCCCAAACUGUCCUUGAAAAUGUAAAGAUUCUUCUUCUUCUUCUAUAUCUUAAGGGCUCACGAUCAAUUUAUUGAUCAUUUUGGCUCCUAUGCAUGUAGAUGGGAUUUGCAAUGUUUCUGUUACUGGUGUUGAUGAGGAAAUCAUGCACUAGGGCUAGGGGUUUGAAGGCUGGAGGCAAUAGACACAAAUGUGUCUAGUGUUGUCGCCUCAACCGUUCCUUUUUCCAGUUCAUGAUUUGGUCACCCUAUCAAAGAGGCUUACUUCUUUUUUGCCAGUUAUUUAUUUAAUUAAUUUGUUGUUGAUGAGGCUAGUCACUCUAAGGAUACCCCCAAGCCAAGUGAAUGAAUAAUUUACUUCACUGUAAUUAGUGUAAUACACUGUAAUACUGAUUUUAUUAGGGUAAGCUCACUUACUCAGCUUACUAUUUAAAACUUUAAUGAUGCUGCAAGCUUUAUAGUUAGCCCAAAGAGUUGAAAAUCUCUGUUUAUAAAAUAGUAAUCUUCAGAAAGGCGGUCCCAAAUGUCAAAAUUUAUACAUCAUUACAUAGUGCCCAGUUACCAGCCUAAUAGCCCCUGAUAAUUGGUAAUGUAAUUGUUUAAAUCUAAUGCCCUAAAUUUCAGCAUCAUCUACUUAAAAAAAAGAAAGAAGAAGAAAAAGAAAGAAAAUGCAAGAGUUAAAGAAAAGUUAUCUCUGUUGAAUUAUAAUUUCGUAUUAGAUGGUUUCAGCAAGUCACAUUAACCAAUGAAUGCUGUCUUACAGUGCCUUCGGCAUUGUGUCAUAAGUUUGCAGAAUGUUUCCUGGCAAAACAUGCGGUCUGCCAGCCAUGAUGUUGUUUAUUUUAUAUUAUUACAAGCAAUAAUUAGUCUGCAAACAAAAUUAGAAUUAAACAAUUUUGUCUCCAAUUAUCAGUGGUUAUUAGGCUGGUUGCCAGGCACUUUCUAGGGAAAAAGUGUUCUAUCUGACAUUUGGGACCACCAUUCUGAGGAUUACCAAAGAGUAUAUAAUAAUAAAAGAAAAGGAAUUGCAUCUCAGUUGUAAUACUCUUCAUAGCCUUGUUUUAUAUGAAUAUUUUUGUAUUUAUUAUAACAUGUAUCAUGAUCAUCAUCAUGGGCUUUAGAGCCCAUGCCGGAUCAAGGAAAGCUCUGGCCUACUUCACGACAUCCUUCCACUCAGACAAAACCCCAUGGCCUAUUAUCUCCAUUCAUUGACUCCCUUGCAGCUUGUCUACAUUAGGGUCAAAAUCUAUUAAUGCCUUUCCGAUUUUCUGACUUUGGUUAAGCUUUUGUUAAAAGUUUUAAUUUUGUUCCAUGACAGAAUCUUUAGCCCUGUGCACAACAUGUGGGAACUAGGGGAUGCUCCUUUUAACUCUCUGGGUAGCUGCCUUGGGUUCAGGUCUCUAACGUUUGUUAAUCUAUUUACUGGCUGCAAGGAAGUAGUUGCUGACCUUGGUCCAUCUUAGGUAUUUUAAUUCCCCAUUACACACCAUAUUUAUUAACCAUUUCCCUAUUCACCAUAUGGGGAGGCCCCUGAUGGAAGAUCAACCACCUGAACACGUUUCAUGAUGGCAUUUACUAAUUAUUUAUUUCAUGAAGCUCUUUGAAGAAGGCUCUAUCUCGAAACAUCCUAAUCUUUUUGUCCUGUUCUCUAAUUCAAGCUUCCAUAUACCUCGUUUUGCUAUUUCAUUUACUAGGUUUGAAUGCAGUCCUUUAAUUAUUAUAUUAUUUAUUUCAUCAGUUCAAUCUGUUAACCAUUUUAAUUAAAUCUUUCAAACAGAUGAAUAUUUCUAAGAGAAAUCUUUUCAGUGCAACCUCAUUUGAAACUUAAGGAUAAAAUCUGUGGUUGUGAAAUUUCUAGGAUAAAACAAUGGAUACAGAUGAUAUUGAGGUGGACACACAAUAUAUUCCAGGACCCAGUGUAGACAUGCACUUAACCACAUCACUUUCACCAAAUGUGCCAUCAAAGUCACAGUCCAUGGCAGUUUCAUUGAUCAAAACAAACUCGUCUUCACAACAGCCAUCACAAUCCGAUGUUCAUGGCACUUGUUGUAUGUUUAGUUUUCAAGGCAGUGCACCUUUUAAAUGUGAAAUGGUCGUCCAUCCUUCUGUUGAGCCCCCAAAAACUGAAACAGUGACUACAACAUUGUCUUCAAUUUGUUUCCCUUAUUUUGAUCCUACUAAGGUAAGAAUUUUUUUUUUUUUUUUUUUUAAUUUGAAAUUUUUUUUUUAAAAGGGUUGUGCUGUUUUUUUUUUUUUAAUUAAUUUAAAAAUUUUUUUGCAAACCGGAAACGCAUUGCAUUUUUUUUUUUUUUUUUUUUUUUUUUUUAUUCUUCUUAGGUAAAAAUUUUUUUUUUUUUUUUUUUUAAAUUGAAAUUUAUUAUGUAGAAGGGAUGUGCUGAUUUGUUUAUUUUAACUAAGUUGAAAAUUGCUAUGCAAACCGGAAACGCAUUGCACUUCACCUGUUCAUUAAAUUUUGUAUUUCUCUGCAGUUACGACCAAUAGAUUUUUGUGCCCCAUUUCCUGUGUCGAGAAUCACCAUAGAAAGUGGAUUUAGCCAAGAAUAUAAUCCUUCAACUUUAUCAAGUGGCUCCAGAUCAAGGGCAAUGGUUCCAUCUACAUUUUUGAGAAAUCAGUUGCGUGUAGCAAGAAAACAUGCUUUGUGUCGAAUAGGAAUUCAUGGAAUGAGUGGUGAGCAAACCAUAGUACAGUUUCUUAACUAAUCUUGUAGGUUUCUCUAAUGGAACAUUGGACAUUGUAGUUGUAUGUGAGUAAUACAGCUGAUAAAAUUUGUAUAGAAAAUAAUUUAAUGAAAAGAUAUGGUACUUCGACUACAUAAUGUAUAAACCAAAUUCACAAUUUUAGAUAGCUGCAAAGUCUUUUUUCUGUUUGUUUUUUAUAUUGCAAUUCCACCUUAUUUCUUUUGGUUACUCUGAGCUUUGUUUUCGUUAGAUAACUAAAUUUAAUUGAUACUUAAAUGAAUGUGUUUUUUUUUGUCAAGCCUAUGAAGACAUUUGUCAAAAUCUUUCAAUCUGUAUUUUGUGUAACCUUACUUAAAACGUGACAUAUUUUGUUUUAUUGACACAAACUGUGUCUCAAUAAUCCAGGUUUCUCUCCCCAGAUACUAUAUUAUUAUUUAAGAUGAUUUUUUUUAGUUGCUUAGAAUAGAAAUAGAUUAUAUUGGGAUGUUCAUUAACUUAGUUUUUAAACUUAUUACUAUCAAUUAUUUUUAUUGACUAUUUGGUCUUGGUAUUAUUUUAGGAGAAAAGAAACUUUUGGCAGCUGUGAGAAAUGGAGAAACUGAUACAGGUAAUUUGUGCUUUUAACAUUAUGGCAAAAUGAGCUACUUUUGAGAAAAUAGCUUCUUAACAAAUUUUCAAUCAUGAACAUGAAAUGAAGAAAAAUAAUAUGAUGGGUGUAAAAAAAAAAUGUGUGUAUUCAAAAUGAGAUAAUUACAAUAUUCAGGAAGUGGACUAGUUUUUGAGACUAUUUUUAUUAUUACCCCACUUUAAAUGUACUUCAUUUUGCCUUCCCUAUCUUGCCAGUGAAUGCUGUAAUGUUUAAUAAAAUCAUUAAAAAUGUUUAAUCCCAGUAUCAGACUAUUGGUUCUUGAGUUUCCUCUGGAGGCUGAUUUGUUUCACAGUACUUAGUCCAUAAAGUGUUUGAAAUGUUUGCUGUGUAACAUCAAAGUCCUGAUAUCGGAAUAUCAAGCAAAAAUAAUUGAAGUCUUGAUUUUCUUUUUUUUCCUCAAAUUUUUGUUUUUUAAGAUAACCAUUUUUCUGCAAUCAAAAUUAUUGCAAUGCACAAAACAGUUUUGGAAUAUAUUGUGUUACUCAUGAAAUUUAGUAGCGUUAACAAAUACAUUUUAUCUGCUUAUGGCUCAUUUCAGGAAAUAAAUGAAAAGUUGAUAAACACUACCGGUAAUAUUCAAUACUGAAAUAAAAAAAAAAUUUAAUUUAAUUAACUGCCGCAGAUGCGAAUGAAGGAAAGGAGCUUAAGAAUAUUGUUAUUUUAUUGUACAAGCAAUAUAUUUUUUAUUUAAGAUUAUGUUUAUAUAUAUAGAUGUUUACUCAUGUUGUAAAUUUAUUUACAGUGACCCGACUUCUCGGAGAAGGUGUUAAUCCUAACGCAUCAGACAACAAAAAGAGAACAGCACUUCACAUUGCAAGUUCUCAGGGAGCAGAAACAAUAGGUGAAUUAAAUGAUGAUGAUAAAGAAGAAAUGUAUUUGAUAACAAUGCACUGGCAGGGGGGGGGGGGCACUAACCAAAUCAGGGUUUAAAAUAAAUAUAAAUUUGAGGAGCUUCCUGACUCUGUGCAAGAAGUGAUUUAUUGUUACUUGGGAUAAAGAUUUAUUGCUACUUGUGAUAAAGAUUUAUUGCUACUUGGGAUAAAGAUUUAUUGCUACUUGUGAUAAAGAUUUAUUNGGGGGGGGGGGGGGGGGGGCACUAACCAAAUCAGGGUUUAAAAUAAAUAUAAAUUUGAGGAGCUUCCUGACUCUGUGCAAGAAGUGAUUUAUUGUUACUUGGGAUAAAGAUUUAUUGCUACUUGUGAUAAAGAUUUAUUGCUACUUGGGAUAAAGAUUUAUUGCUACUUGUGAUAAAGAUUUAUUGCUACUUUGAAUAAAGAUUUAUUGCUACUUGGGAUAAAGAUUUAUUGCUACUUUUGAUAAAGUCAAAUUCAUAAGAUGGAAUAAAUGUCAGGGGCUGGAGUAAAAUGAAAAAGAGGAAAGUGGAUGUUGUGGUAGGAUUUGUGAAGGCUGUUUGAGUCUUAAGUUAGACUGUAGUGUUUGGUUGCUGUGGCUGAACUAAUAUAAACUGUUUGAGUCUUAAGUUAGACUUUAGUGUUUGGUUGCUGUGGCUGAACUAAUAUAAACUGUUUGAGCCUUAAGUUAGACUAUAGUGUUUGGUUGCUGUGGCUGAACUAAUAUAAACUGUUUGAGUCUUAAGUUAGACUAUAGUGUUUGGUUGCUGUGGCUGAACUAAUAUAAACUGUUUGAGCCUUAAGUUAGAUUGUAGUGUUUGGUUGCUGUGGCUGAACUACUAUAAACUGUUUGAGCCUUUAGUUAGACUGUAGUGUUUGGUUUCUGUGGCUGAACUAAUAUAAACUAUUUGAGCCUUAAGUUAGACUAUAGUGUUUGGUUGCUGUGGCUGAACUAAUAUAAACUGUUUGAGCCUUAAGUUAGACUAUAGUGUUUGGUUGCUGUGGCUGAACUAAUAUAAACUGUUUGAGCCUUAAGUUAGACUGUAGUGUUUGGUUGCUGUGGCUGAACUAAUAUAAACUGUUUGAGCCUUAAGUUAGACUAUAGUGUUUGGUUGCUGUGGCUGAACUAAUAUAAACUGUUUGAGCCUUAAGUUAGACUAUAGUGUUUGGUUGCUGUGGCUGAACUAAUAUAAACUGUUUGAGCCUUAAGUUAGACUGUAGUGUUUGGUUUCUGUGGCUAAACUAAUAUAAACUGUUUGAGCCUUAAGUUAGACUAUAGUGUUUGGUUGCUGUGGCUGAACUAAUAUAAACUGUUUGAGCCUUAAGUUAGACUGUAGUGUUUGGUUUCUGUGGCUGAACUAAUAUAAACUGUUUGAGCCUUAAGUUAGACUAUAGUGUUUGGUUGCUGUGGCUGAACUAAUAUAAACUGUUUGAGCCUUAAGUUAGACUGUAGUGUUUGGUUGCUGUGGCUGAACUAAUAUAAACUGUUUGAGCCUUAAGUUAGACUAUAGUGUUUGGUUGCUGUGGCUGAACUAAUAUAAACUGUUUGAGCCUUAAGUUAGACUAUAGUGUUUGGUUGCUGUGGCUGAACUAAUAUAAACUGUUUGAGCCUUAAGUUAGACUGUAGCGUUUGGUUUCUAUGGCAGAACUAAUAUAAACUGUUUGAGCCUUAAGUUAGACUAUAGUGUUUGGUUGCUGUGGCUGAACUAAUAUAAACUGUUUGAGCCUUAAGUUAGACUGUAGUGUUUGGUUUCUGUGGCUGAACUAUAAAUCGGUGCCUGAUGUCUAUCCUGAUAAAAUGUGAUGAGGUAUUUGCAUUGAUACUCUUUAUUAUUUAUUAAAUGCUCACUAAACUGAGCCAUUUAACAGACGAACCUUUUCUUCUAUGUAGCGAUGUUAACAGAUGACGGUGUGCAUAACAUUCAAUCUCACACAAAUAAAGCUGCCCUGGAUUGUAUGAGUACCCACUGAAAAGUGAAUAUUUUAUGUUUGUACCACAAAUGGCAAGUCUUGCAUCAUCCGAUGCAUGUUUUAGUGGCAUGGUAACAAAGUUGGCUAGCGCAAGUCCCUGCAACAGAUAGUGACGGGUUGUUGUCUGCACAAAAGGUCACACCUCAUUUUUUUGGAGGAUCAGUCAUGAGAAAUCAGUAUUGUAUUUUAGUACCUUGGACUUGGAGAGGUUUUAUGUGAAGAUGAUUUUGUUUAUCUCAGCAUUGUGUGCGCCGCCGUGUUGUUUUCAAAGCUGCUCCCAUGGGAAGGUUGAAUAAUAUUUAUAAUUAUACAUCAAUUUAUGGAAUCUUACCGUUGAAAGAUAUUAUUUCAGUGAGUCUGUUGGUGUCCUUGAGAGCUGACCCAAAUCGGCAAGACAUUUUAGGAAAUACCCCAUUGCACCUAGGUAAUGUCAUUUAAAAAUAUGAUAUAAUUUUAGUCUUUAAAAAAUGUGAAAAUAAUUUUACCGAUCGAGAAUAUUUUCAAAAUAACAUUUUUUAAAGUAAAGUGUAAUAUUUUUUUAAAAAAUGUAGCAUGAAUUUCUUCUUGAGAAAUUACUCAAGAUCUAUUUUUUUUAUCACCACAUAUAUCAGCUGUGUGUCGAGGUGACUCAAAGAUUGUGCAGCUUCUAAUUGGUUGUGGUAAGUUGAUUUUUACUUUCUGAUCAAAAUUGUAUCAUGGUUUCAUAAUUAGUUAUGUUAAGGAAAAUGAAUAUAUCUUUAUAUAUGGGGAUUAUCUGUUAUUUAAUUUAAUUUACAUCAUAUUUCAGAGUUGAAAUUGGUUAGUAGGUAUCAUAAAGACGGGGUUACCCUUGCUUCAACAAGAAUUUAAUAAUUCGGUUUUAAUUCUGAACCAUAUAUCUUCUUAAUAUUACAGGUGCAAACAUUCACCUGAAAGACAAUGUUGAAAGAACGCCACUGUGUAUUGUGAGAUCCAGAUUAAGCACAUUGCGAAAAGAUAGAAGCAUUUCUACAGAUAAACUUAUUGGUGAAUGCCAUAUGGUAAGUGUCUGAAGACUACGAUAUGACUGUAUGCCUCUUUGCACAUUCAUUCAAAGUUCCACGACUGGGAAGCUUAUUUAAUGUUAAACUUAAAGUCCCUAUCUUUUACAUAAUGGUGAUUUGUUCUGUAUUUUUAUUAUUACACAUGAUAAUGGAUUCUAUGAAAUGACAUAUCACCUUUAUGUGAUAAUUAUGGACAACGAAUGCAUUUUAAUUUCCAAACAUGUACGAUAGUACAAAGGGUUUCCCUACCUCUUUAAAAAAAAGUAAUUUUUAAAUCUCAUAAUUUUUUAUAAAAAAAUACUCCUCCAUUCAGAUUCUCAGCAUACUUCAAGCCAACUCUCGAAGGCACCCCAACAGUGAAAUUCCAGUGGACACUCUGUGCAACAUGAUGAAAAAUGUGUCGACGAGAGAGCAAGCAGAUGAGGUGGCCGAUGUUAUGAUCAGUCAGAUGUCAGACCUGUGCAUUGACAGUAGAGAAAAAAUACACAGAGCUUGCACUGAACCUUUAUCCGGGCUGUCCAUUUUGUAGUGUAGUAGUUGACUCAUUGUCAGAAUCAAAAGUUUCCAAGAUAAAAAUGUGUCACAUCGUCUCAGUAUUUUUAAUGUUGAAAAAUAAAUGUUGCACCGAAAGUAUGUUGCUUUCAAAUUUAUUUGAAGGCAAGAAAUUCAUAUUCAUGGAGUGUAUUAAACUAAACCAACAAUGAAAAAAAUAUGUCAACACCUGUCCUUGUUUGUUUCCUGGUGAAAAUCUCAAUUCUAAUAACACAAUUUGGAGGUCAACUAUUUGUUGAUAAUAAAAAUAUAUCACAUUAGUUAUCUAACCUUUAAGACGUCAAGAUUAUUUGAGUUGGAAUGGUCCAUUUUUUUAAUCCCUUAUUUUUCUAAUACUUUGCGCAAGAAAACGAUACGGAAACUAACUUAACCACUUGCCAUAUUGAGGCUAAUAUAAGAUAAUGGUUAGACUUCUGUAUAUAUAAUUGAUGAUUUACUGUCAGAUAAGUGACAGAAGAUUAAUUGAACCUGCUCUUUUACUUUUGCAUUAUCAACUUGUAGCCCAUAAAAGUAUAGUCCUUCCCAGCUCAUCUGUAAAAUUAUGCAAUAACAAUUUUACAGAGAAACAGUGAUUUAUUUGUUUAAUAAAUAACAUUUUUUUUUUAAACUGUUGAAAAUUCUUUUUUUUAAUUUUUAUUAUAGCAUAGAAUAUUUUUAAUUUACCAAAUCAACUAUGGUAUUUAUAAAGCACUUAGGGCAAAUUUACAUGAUGCUUACUUCAUACCUAAAGGGGGGAGGAAUUGGGAAAUGUAUACAUAUUAUGCAUACUAUAACUGUAACAUUUUAAAAUCAUAGAAAUUGUGUUAAAAAAAAUUCCACUUAAAAUUGUUCUGAGAUUGAUUUCAUAUGUUGUACAUAAACAUCACACAAUCAUCAAUAUUAAUCAUCAAGUAAAAAUGACUUUUAGUAUUUAACAAAAAUUUAAAUUGCAUGUGCUCUUUAUUUUUGAAGUAAUUAAAAUGAUGUUUUUAAUGCUUAUUUUUAUCUGAGGUAAUACAAUUUUAAAAGUAGGGUGUCACAAGUAUUUUUGAUAAUCUUAUAACUGUGUACAUUAAUCAAGUAAAAGAUUUGUCUUGGGUAUUUCUUUUUUUUCAAAAGCUUGCCUUGGUGGAAUGAUUGUAUUUUUAAAGGUAUAAAUAUAUUGCUCAAAUUUGCAGCGCAUUGCUUCCAACAUUUACUUUUUUUUUUUUUCAAGUGUCUUAAAAGUGUCUUUUAUGUUUUUAAUGCUAAAAUGUAUGUA